AAAAGUUGCUGUGAAAUGAGCUGUACUCCAUCAAAGAAUAUGAUCGGGAGUGAUGAUCGAGAGUGGGACACAAUCGUCGAAAUUAUGGAAAGAAUAUUUCGAUAACUGGAAGCAAUGGGUGAAUAUUUGGAGCAUUCCAGCAUUGAAAUUAUUAUUGAAAGUAGAUUGCCAGUUUGGAUAUUGGGCAAAGUUUACCAACAAAAGGACCAGGAAUCUCGGACUCCGAAAAUUCCUGCAAAAACUAGUCUAAAGAAAUGAACAAAUACAGAGAAACCAAGCCUCUGGUAGUGGGUACCAAUGAAAAUCAAUCGGGUCGAAGUCGAGUCACAACCCACGCAGUACUAAAGGAGAGAGGUCUGUUUUGGCCGCAAUCAAUCAACCCAAGCCAAACGAUAGUAAAAGGAUCACAAACUCAAGGGAAUAUCCUGAAAGUGAUAAAAUACGAAGACCCUGCUCAUUUUGCAACGGGGAUCAUUGGGACAGUAAUCGACAAUAAUCGUUUUCAUUUUAACUAUAUGUAUUUCACAUUGUUUCAAUUUAUUUUGUUCGGUUUUAUUUAA